AUGACAUCAAAACAUAUCCCUGUUGCAAACGCGACGCUCCCCUUCUGGCGGACAGAUCCCCACCCUCUAGACAAUUAUCGCUCCACCGAAACUCUACCUGAGAAAAGCGACGUCGUCAUCAUUGGAGCUGGGUAUGCGGGGGCAUCGGUGGCGCACCAUAUUCUUCGAAAUGUAAAAAAUGGUGCCAAAGCACCUUCAAUCACGAUCUUGGAAGCGCGUCAGGCGUGCUCUGGUGCGACUGCUCGCAAUGGGGGGCAUAUGAAGCCAGAUAUUUACAACUUUAUAGCAACCCUGGCCGAAAAUUAUGGAUUAGAUGCCGCAGCUGAAGUGGCAGCUUUCGAGGCCAAGCAUGUAUACGCAAUGAAAGAUUUCGUUGAGGCUGAGAAGAUCGACUGCGAUUACACAGUCACUAAGGCCCUUGAUGUUCAAUUGACCGAGUCACACUUCAAAAAGCUCAAGGAUGGGUACCACAGUUUAGUCGCAGGCGGUAUCGAAGCAACGGCUCGAGCGCAGAUAAUUGAGUCUCAAGAGGCAAAAGACUUUUCCGGCGUCAAAGGUGCUGUGGGCUGCUUUGCGUACGACGCAGGUCACAUCUGGGCCUACAAAUUCGUUCUCCACAUCUUGGAAAAUGCGGUCUCGCAAGGUCUUGAUCUGCAGACGCACACACCUGUGAGUAAAGUCUCGGAGUCGGCCCAUUCUGAUUCUCCAUAUCGCUGGAGAGUGGAGACGUCCUCGCGCGGCACGGUCGCGGCCAAAGUGGUAGUAUUUGCAACGAAUGCCUAUACCUCAACUCUCGCCCCACAAUAUCAAGGUAAAAUUGUACCUGUGCGUGGAACAUGCAGUCGCAUUGUUGUUCCGCCUGGAUCUCAAGCUCCUCGCUUGACAAACACUUACACCUUGCGACUGAAUGCUUGGGAUUAUGACUACCUUAUUCCGCGUGGAGACGGGAGCAUUGUGGUGGGUGGGGCACGAUCGUCGUUUAUCCAUGACGAAAAGAAUUGGCUCAAUGUUAGUGAUGAUAGUCGAGUUUUAGAGCCUGCAGCACGCUAUUUCGAUGGAUACAUGCAAAGGAAUUUCGUGGGGUGGGAAAAUAGCCAUGCAUAUACCGACCGGGUCUGGACGGGAAUUAUGGGAUACUCUGCCGAUGGUCUUCCUCAUGUCGGUCAAGUUCCUGGACAAGAAGGUCAAUUUAUUCUGGCUGGGUUCACGGGACAUGGAAUGCCACAAAUCUUCUUGGUCGCUGAAGCCCUCGCGAAGAUGGUCGUUAAUGAAGCAAGCUUUGAAGAGACUAAACUGCCUCGACUGUUUAAAACCAGCCAGGAAAGAAUUACGACCUCAAAGAGCAAUAUUUCCGAUAAAGCUCCCCCGGCUACGACGCAGGCCAAACUAUGA